AUGAAUAACAAACAAGACAAUCCCAACUGUCAAUUCUGUAAAUUCAGAUAAAUCAAAUUUAUGUAGAAAGAAAUACAUUAAAAGUAUUUGAUUAAUAUGAAACAUUAGAUACUUUGAAUAAUUUAACUUCUAUUUUGCUAAGCCAAUAACUGAAAUAUUAGCAAAUGUUCCUGUAGAUCAUGUAAUUUUGUUUAAAGACUAAUUGUAUUUGCAUGAUGAAAAUGAAUAUAUGAAACGUUUUUAUUAAAGAGAAGAGUAAGAUCCAAGAUUAAAUUUACUUUGCAAUUUCUACUUUGAGUAACAUAAAGUAUAUAAUUAAACAUAAUAUAACUAUAGAUAAUAUAACCAAAUUUAUGUAAAGUUAAUGCUCAUAAAUUUAUGGAGAAGAGAUAGAAUAAAUUGUUAAAAUUACAAUAAAAAGCAUAAAAUAAUUAGAAUCAACAACCAAUCACUAAAAAAAUGAUUCCAGAUCAUAUAUUUAGUGAGAAUUAUGUUGAAUCUGUAUCUGAGUAGUAUCGACAUACUUAUUUAGUUCCUAUCCGAAGGAACAAAUUUCUUGGGACAGCAAAUCUCAUAAUAUCUAUGAGAUAUCAUAAGUAGAAGCAUAGAAAUCAUUACCAUAAAAUAAACCAACAUAAUAAUGUUAAUGUUCAAUUAUUAAUAUAUCUGGAGAUCAUAAUAAAUUAUUUAAUUGUUAAAAUGAUUAAGAACUUGAUAAUAUUUUUAAUGAUCUUAAUACUUAGACUUCAAGACAUUUAUCAGUUAUUACUAAGAUUCCACUUAAAAAGAAAUAACCAUCCAAUUCAAAUGUUAAGAAGAAUCCUCAAUCUCAAUAAUAAUCUCAACAACCUAAGAUACCUAUUCCACCUUUAAAACUAUAAGAAAGUGCAAAAUCUUCAACUACUACAGCUGCAAAUAAUAAUAAAUCCACAAGCAUUUAAUCUUUAAUGAAGAAAUACGAUCAAAUAUUAUAAAAACGAUUUUAAGUAAAGGAAAUUCUUACAGAACGAAAUGAUACUCGUUAUGGUCCAGGUUAUGGUACAAAUUAUGGUGUUGGUACUGUUAGAGGUGAAGGUGGAUCUUCAAAAAAAUAAAUAACAGAUGAAAUGUUACUUAAACUCAUUUAAAAUAUGAAGAAAUCUAAAAAUAAAUCUGAUAAUUAUUAAUUUCAUGCAUCUUACAAAAGUGUAAUACAAUAAGCAUAAAUUGGACCUACAUAAUCAUGUACAUUUGAAAAGGAAAAUGAAAAAAAGAAAAAAUAUCAAGUUUAUUUGGUAUCAUUUUAUUUAUUAAUAGGUUAGCCAAAAUAAAUAAAAAAAAAUCCUUCCUAGAUGUCAUCACCUACUACUGUUUAAAAGUAAGGUAUUUAAUAAAUAUAUUAGUACUUGUUCUCCUUCUUAGUUACUUAGAUCAUUAUCAAAUCCAUCUAUGGCUCCUUCACCUUUGCGUAGAUUGGAAAUAAAAGUCAAUCUUAAUAAAUUAAUUUAAUAAUAAGAAUAAGAAAUUGGGUAUUGGACUUAAAGAUGCAAAGUUCGUUGAGAUUUCAUUUAGUCAAUUAGUUGAUUAAAAUACAAAUUAUGUUUUAUAAAUUUAUUUUAAAUAUACUAACUACCUUAAAAUCAAAUUAAGGAUGAGCAUAAAUUAUGCCUGUAAUGUAUUUAAGCCAUAUUUAAAGAAUUAAGAAAAUCAGGUAGAAGACAAUCCGUAAAUACAGACUUCAUGCAAUAUCACAAACUAUCUUAAGUAUAUAAUUGUGAAGUAUAUAAGGAUAAGACUUUCACAGAAUCCUUUCCCGUAUCGCUUUAAAGAACUAAACCUAACUUUAAGAAUCAAUUAUCUUAAUUAGAAUUGUAUUAUUGAUUAUAAUAAUAAAGUGAUGAUCAUUAAAUUGACUUCAAAAAUCAUCCAUUUACAUUUUAAGAUAAAAUCAAUUAGAAAACAGAAGUAACUAAAAAGAAAUUUAUAUUUGAUGAACAUUAAUCUACAAAAUAAGGAGAGUUUAAGAAUUUUAUGAGUGCAAUGGAUGAUUAUAUAAACCUUUUAAAUGAAAGUUCUGAUUGUUUAACUUUGAAUUCUGAAAAUUAUAGUUAAUUAGAAAAUAUCUUAUUUGCUAAAUUCAAUAUUAUUAGAUAAAAACAUGAAGAAUUGAAUAAGAAAUACAAGAUGGCAUAAUAGAAUUUUAAAGCUUAAAGAUACUAAAAUUAGUUACUAAAAAAGUAAAUUGUAGAUAUUCAUUCUUAAUUGGAAGAGGAAAAAUAGAAAAAUUUUGUAUUGUUAGAUAUAAAUGAGAAAUUGAAAAAGAAAUAUAGAGAUUUAUAAAAUAAAACACAUUUUGUUUAAAAUUCAUUUAUGUAAGAUAGAAUGAAAUUUGAUCAUAAACGAUAGAAUUAAUUUCAAUAAAGUAUAUCAGUAGAUGAAAGUGAUAGGGGUACAACAUAAUAAACUUAUGAAACAAAUGAUGAUUAAUAAAAUGUGACUAAAUUCUUAAAAACUUAAAUGCGAAAGUUAAGACAGAACAAUUAAUAAAUUGAUGAUUAUUCUCGUCUAUAUAAAAAAAUUAGUGAACAUAAUAAUGAUGACUUUUGA